AUGGCUGCUGAUGCUGUACGUCGUGCAUUUGAUGCAAUUGAUUAUACAUCUGAUCCACCAUUAAAUGUUCCGGAUAACUAUAAACAUAUGAUUUGGUUUACAUUACCAAUUGAUAUUGCUCUAAUGAUGAUUAAACAAAAAGAUAGUGCAGAAGAUUUAAAUUGUAAUAUUAAUUCAAUUCCAUUUAUGCCAACAGAUGCAAAGGAAAAACUCAUCAAUUCACCUAAAACAAGUGAAUUAUCAAAUACUAGUGAAACUCGGAAGAAACAUAAUUCUGUUCGUGGUACAUCAUCGAUUCGUGUUCGUAAGAGAAUGUUAUUUGAAAUCUAUUUUUUUCUUUUGUAUUUAACAACAAAUUUUGCUUUACAACUUAAUUUUUAUACAUCAGUGGGACAAUUUCGAGAUGAAAUUUUAGUAAAUAAUGGAUAUUUUCAAACAUAUUUUACUAAUGAAGAAUAUCAUGCUAUUAUACCAGGAACAAUUGAUUUUCCUGAUCAAAAAUUAAUUGAACAAGAUUUAUAUAAUUCAAAUGAAGAAUUACGUAAUACAGAUGUUUAUAUUCAUUUAAAUCAAUGUGAAAAUAGUCAAACAUUAAAAGCACAACUAAUUGAUCCAUAUUUAUUUUUAAUAAAAUAUAGUUCAUUACGAUAUAUGUAUGUAAAACGUGAACAGAUUGAAUUUAGUAAAGAUCCAUUAAUGGAUGGAAUGAUUUUAUCUGUUCGGCUAGAGAAUGAAACUAUAACAAAAACAAAUAUAACUUAUUUAACUCGUGGUCUUUCGUGGACACCAAGAUAUGAAGUUAUUAUUAAUGAUGAUCAAUCUGCUGUUCUUCGAGCAUUAGCUGAUAUUAAUAAUGAACAUGAACGUUCAUAUAAUAUUACUAGUAGUCAAUUGAUUACUGGAAGUGUGCCAAUAGCUUCAGCAUCUCAUCGAGUACCAACAUCAAUAGAUACACAACGUAUAGAAUAUUUAGCAAGUCCUAUGAUGGAUACAUCUUCAUCAAUAUCAUCGAAACCUGAUUCAACAAAUUUCGGUACAUAUUCUUAUAAUAUAACACGUCAAUUUCAUCUUCGACCAAAAUCUAUUAAAACAUUUCCAUUUCUAACAACUACAAUUAAAUUUAAUUAUACACUUGAAACAACAACAUAUUUAUCAACGGGUACCACAUAUGGUUUAUUUCAAAGAGUAUUUAUUAUACAACCAUCAGAAUUUUUACCUGCUGGUACAAUAACAUUUUAUUUAGCAUCAACCGGUAUAACUUUAGGUCAAGGUCGUUUAAUAGAUACACCAAAACAGAGUGAACAAAAAAUAAAUUUAGGAAAUGAUCCUGAUGUUAAAUUUCAUAUAAUUAGUAUUAUAACAGCUGUACGACAAACACCAAUAUAUGGACAAGAUCUUAGUGUAAAUGUUACGAUUUCCAAUCCAAAAGAUAACCAAAUUGUUUCAGUUACAUUAAAUAUUAAUAGUGGAUAUCGUAAUACAACAUUAAUAAGACGAAAUCAAUCAUCAUCAAAUAUAACAAUAGAUCAAGAUUUAAAUAAUAAAGCUUUAUUAAUUAUUCGAGCAAUGAUUCAACCAAAUGAAGAUGAAACAUGCAUGUUUGCUGUUAUACAAUCGAACUAA